AAAACGGAGCCACAUGUUCUCUUUGGCGGCUAAACCCGGAGAGAACCCCUAGCCACCACCUACUUCCCUACCGUCAUCACCGUCAUUUCUUUCUCGAUCCUACCUUCCAUGAAUUAAACCGCCAAACGCCGAAUUCCGCAUUCUCAAAAAAGAAAAAAAAAAAAAAAUUUCCUGAUGCAAUGAUCAUCUCUUCCACUUACACCCUCCGUCACGGCGGCAACCUUCUAUGCCACGUUCCGUUCCAUGUCCGGGAAUUCCGGGUAUACAAACACCGCCGUUUAAAGCACACUCGCCGGAACCUGUCCGUCCACAGUCACUUGAAUUGGUCUUUCGAUAACUUCUUCCAGAACCUUCCCUCCUGGAAUCUCCUUACUCCUGCGUUCGGGCUGGCUUCUGGCGCGGCGCUUUUUUUGUCAUCUAAACGGAAACUCGCCUCCGAAAGUCGUGAGUGCGACAUCGGCGAGUGGAUCUUAUUCACCAGUCCGACGCCGUUUAACCGCUUCGUCAUCAUCCGGUGCCCGUCGAUAUCGUUCGAGGGGGGCGAGUUGAUGCAUGAUGUGAAUGAGAGACUGGUGAAGGAAGACAAACAUUUUGUGAGGUUGAACAGCGGGACGAUGAUUGAGGUAAACGAGGGUGGAGGAGGAGAGAGCGGGAGUGAAUUGGAGUACCAGAGGGUUUGUGUGAACACAGAGGAUGGCGGUGUUAUUUCUCUGGAUUGGCCGGCGAAUUUGGACUUGAAGGAGGAGCAUGGAUUAGAUACUACUGUGCUAUUGGUGCCAGGGACUGUCGAGGGGAGCAUGGACGAGAAUGUGAGAACCUUUGUUCUUGAGUCCCUCCGGCGUGGGUUCUUCCCUGUGGUGAUGAAUCCCAGAGGGUGCGCUGGAUCACCUCUCACCACUCCACGGUUAUUUACAGCUGCUGACAGCGAUGAUAUCUCCACUGCUAUACAGUUCAUUAACAAGGCAAGACCAUGGACCACAUUAAUGGGUGUUGGGUGGGGAUUUGGGGCAAACAUGUUGACAAAGUACUUGGCAGAAGUUGGGGAGAAAACACCUCUCACUGCUGCCACUUGCAUUGACAAUCCUUUUGACUUGGAGGAGGCCACAAGAUCAAUUCCUCAUCACGUUGCUUUGGAUCAAAAGCUUGCUGGUGGACUUGUAGAUAUCCUACGGUCUAACAAGGAAUUAUUUCAAGGCAGAGUGAAAGGGUUUAAUGUGGAAAAGGCUUUAUCAGUGAAAUCAGUUCGUGAUUUUGAGCAAGCAAUAUCUAUGGUGUCUUAUGGUUUUGAGGCUAUAGAGGAUUUUUAUUCAAAGUCUAGUACUCGGAGCCUGGUUGGAGAUGUGAAGAUUCCUGUGCUCUUUAUACAGAAUGAUGAUGGAACAGUUCCAGUGUUUUCUAUUCCACGCAAUUUGAUUGCAGAAAAUCCAUUUACAAGCCUGCUUCUCUGUUCUUGUUCACCAUGUAGAGCUGCUAUAUCUUGGUACCAGCACUUUACAAUUGAGUGGCUGACUGCAGUGGAGCUUGGGCUUCUGAAGGGUCGUCAUCCUCUUUUGAAAGAUGUAGAUGUUACCAUUAACCCUUCAAGAGGGUUACCUCUUGUGGAAAGGAGAUCAACUGAGAAGGGGGGAGAAGCUAAGAAGCUAUUAGAUCUUACCCAUUUAAAUGCUGUAAAUGGUUAUUGCCUAGAUCCUGUUAGAGAGAUGUUAGAAGAUGUUGAUACUGCUGCUACCAUCCAUCCUCACUCUAGACAAGAUUCACAUACAAAUCUAGAACUCAGGGACAAAGGUCUGCAUGGGGCAAAAGAUGAUACUCUUCAGACUAACUCUUUCAAAGAAGAAUUGAUCAAAGAGGAAGCUGGUCCAUUGGAUGGUGAAAGAAGCCAAAUGCUACAAACAGCAAAAGUGGUUAUGAAUAUGCUUGAUGUAACGAUGCCUGGAACUUUAAAAGAAGAAGAGAAAAAGAAGGUCCAGGAUGCUGUUGGUAAAGGAGAGACAAUUGUGCAAGCUCUGCAAGAUGCUGUACCAGAAGAUGUUCGUGGAAAACUCACAGCUGCUGUAACUGGAAUUAUGUCUGCCCAAGGGACUAGCUUGAAACAGGGUAUCGGAAGGAUUCCUAGUGUGUCAGUGCGUUUUGAGUCAAAAAUUGAAGAAAAAAUCAGUAGUUCUCAUUCUGCAGAAGAGUUUGAAAGCUCUGAUGAUCCAGCACCAAGUAACAUUCAAGUUGACAUGGAGAAAACAUCUGGUGGAAUAGGAUCACAGCUUCCCCCUGCAGAGAAUUCUCAAAAGUCUUAUGAUGUUGAUCAAUCUCAUCCAGGUUUCCAUGAAGGUGAUAUUCCUAAUACAGUCAGGACACCUACUAAUGGAUCAUUAACUACUCAUGAAGAAGAGAUGUUUACGAAAGAAAAGUCUUCUGCAUACUCUGAAUUGAGUGAUUUGGGUGUGAAGCCAUCUUUUACCAACCAGCCUGAAAAGACUGGCAAUACAGAUGAAGCAACAAAUAAUGAGAACAAAGCAGACCAGGAUGGCAGAACAGCUCAACUUGAAAUGAAGGAUGAGAAUACUUCCCAGAAAAAGGAAGAGAAAAACCUGGAUACUCCAACAGACCAACAAAAGACAACUUCUGCUGCAGAAUCUUCUUCUGAAUCCCUGGCAGUGGAAGGGCAAGAAAAUGAUAAUCAGAAGAAAGAAAGCAAACAUAUUGGUCAGAAUGCCCCCACUACCUUUGAUUCUAAUUCCUCCACCUUCAGUGUUGCUCAAGCUUUAGAUGCACUUACAGGGAUUGAUGAUUCUACCCAAGUGGCUGUUAACAGUGUCUUUGGUGUGAUUGAAAAUGUGAUUUCUCAGUUUGAGGAGGAAAAAGUUGAUGAAAAUGAAACUGGGGAUGUUGGUAAGGUUGAGGAUAAGAAUGUUGAUUCUGUGCCUGGGAAACCACAGAAAUUGGAAAGGAAAGAAGAUAGUGGAAAUGAUAACACAUUAUCAAAGAAAGAAGGCAAUGGAAAGAACCAGAGCAUAAAGUUUGAUGGGUUGUAUUAUUCUCCCCAAUCUAAUCAUCCUGAGAAAGGUACAGGCUUGCAGCAUGAUGCAGGAAGUGAAUGGAUGCAGGGAGAACCUGCAAGAUAUCCCAUUUCAGGUGAUGAUUAUGCUGGUGGUUAUAGUCAUGGACCUCACAAAGUCAACAACUUGGGGAUGGAGAAAAAGAAUCAGUUAGUUACUGACAAACUUGUGGCAAAUUAUUCAGAUAGAACUGUGAAUAGCAUUCCACUGUACAUAAGGGCAAAUCCGUAUGGGGACUUUCUACAAAAUGAAUCUUUCCAGAGAUAUCUUCUUUCUAAAUCAAACAAUAAAGCACUGGAUUUAGAUACCACUACUGCUUUGUUGCUUGACUAUUUUCCAGAAGAAGGGCAGUGGAUGCUCUUGGAACAACCAGGGACUAUUGGUGAUUCUGUUCCUGAAGGUAUAGCUCAGAAGGGUGUUAACCAACAACUGCAGGCCCCGUCAGCCACAAAGGUUAAUGAAACAGAAAAGGUUAUUGAACCAUCCUAUGUAAUAUUAGAAACUGAUACGCAACAUGAACCAGUGGAAGAGUAUGAAAGUAUGGAUAAUAGUAAAGAGGUAAAUACUGAAAAUGGUGACAGUAGACCAGAGGAAUUGAUGCAAUUUGUGAAAACAAUCAUGUUGGACUCUUUGAGGGUGGAAGUCAGUCGCAAGUUAAGUGUGUCUGACAUGAAAGAAAUGGAAUCUCAACUUACAAGAGAUAUAGAGACAGUUGCAACUGCUGUGUCCUUGGCUGUUGAACUUGAUAAGGAGCACACUUAUUUCCAAGGCAAGCUGUGGAAUGGUAGCUAUACUUCAGGAAAAGUUGCUACCAUUUGUGGAAAGAAUAUUAUUAGGGCUGUUUCAUCUGCCGUUCAGGAAACAAGUUACCUGAGAAGAGUAUUGCCUAUUGGUCUUGUUGUAGGAUCAAGCUUAGCUGGUUUGAGAAAAUAUUUCAAUGUAUCUACAAUUCAUGAUGACUGUGAGAGGGAAGGUGUGGCUACAGAUAAAACUGAAAUUUUCAGGAAAAAGAGCUAUGAUAAGACUAGCAUAAAGGAGAUUGAUCAAAAGUCCAUUCAUGAAACUGGUAAACUAGGUAGGUUACAUAGCCCAACAAGCAAAGAACCAGUUGUUACUGGCUUGGAGAGUCUGAAUAGUGAUGGUGUUGUGGUUGGUGCUGUUACAGCUGCACUGGGGGCUUCUGCUUUGCUAGUGCAUAAACAGGAUUCUUUGGAAGGCAAGGAAACAGCGGAAAUUCUCUCCAAAUCCUUUGGGGAGAAAGGAAAUCAGCACAAAUACCCUGACAAUCUUGAGGAAACAAUAGCUGAGAAACAUGAAAAUAAUGUAGUUACCAGUCUUGCAGAGAAAGCCAUGUCAGUUGCUGGUCCGGUUGUACCCACAAAGGAAGAUGGUGAAGUGGAUCAUGAAAGCAGGUUGGUUGCCAUGUUGACAGAAUUGGGACAAAGGGGUGGCAUGCUGAGGCUUGUUGGUAAAGUUGCUUUGCUUUGGGGUGGUUUACGUGGUGCAAUGAGUCUGACUGACCGGCUUAUCAUGUUUCUCCAUAUAGCAGAACGCCCCUUAUUGCAGAGGAUUCUAGGCUUUGUGAGCUUGGCUCUUCUUUUAUGGUCUCCUGUUGUUGUUCCAUUGCUUCCAACUCUGGUACAAAGCUGGACGACAAAUAAUCCUUCCAAAAUUGCUCAAUUUGUUAGCAUUGUUGGCUUCUAUACUGCUGUAAUGAUUCUUGUCAUGCUCUGGGGAAAAAGAAUACGUGGUUAUGAAAAUCCUCUCGAGCAGUAUGGACUGGAUUUGACAUCAUUGUCAAAGAUUCAAAAUUUUUUUAAGGGCUUGAUUGGAGGAGUGCUUCUUGUUGGGCUAAUACAGUUUGUAAAUGCCCUCCUUGGCUGUGUUAGUUUUACUGGGCCUUUAGGUCUUCUCUCAUCUACUUUAGAUGCCAUGACAUGGUUCAAAGAGUAUGGGAAACUGCUAAUGCUGGCUGUUCAAGGAUUUGUAACUGCAACUGGUGUUGGGCUUGUUGAAGAAUUGCUUUUCAGAUCAUGGUUGCCUGAAGAAAUUGCCACAGAUCUUGGCUAUCAUCAAGGAAUUAUCCUAUCAGGACUUGCAUUUUCUUUAUUUCAGAGGUCUUUCCAGGCAAUUCCAGGGCUAUGGUUAUUGUCAUUGGCGCUGGCAGGGAUUCGAGAACAAAGUAAAGGAAGCCUCUCUGUUCCAAUUGGAUUCCGGACAGGGAUAAUGGCUUCAAGUUUUGUCUUGCAGACAGGUGGAUUUCUAGUUUAUAAGCCCAACUUUACUCUCUGGGUUACAGGAACUCACCCCUUUCAACCAUUUAGCGGGGUUGUUGGUCUUGCAUUCUCCUUCUUGUUGGCAGUCAUUUUCUAUCCAACGCAACCUCAGCAAAGGAAGAACCUGAAAAGGACCAUGCAGGAAUAAACAGAGAAUCCUUAUGUCAUAACAAGAAAUCUGGAGAGAUGCGCUGCAGGAUUUGGGUUAAGCUAUUGUAAGCUUCAUCUUAGAAUCAUCUGCAGCUUAUGCAUGGUAGAACCUAAUGUCCGUGUUUCUCUGCCUUGAUGGGCGUAUGAGGAAAACAGAAAGGGAAGGGAAAUACAUCUGAACAACAAUGGAAGGUACAGUGGCACUGUUAAAGAGGGCAGAUGAGUGUGUUGGAAGACAACAAUGGUCUGACAUGGAACGGUUCCACAACUGUUUGUCUACACUCUUUUUUGGUGGGAAGGGAGGGCAGAAAGGAGGAAGGGCAAGGACAGGUGAGUGUACAGUUGUGUAAAUUUUGUAAGGGUCAUAUGUUGCUUUGCUUGGUUUGCUUUCUGGUUUUACCCUUGAACUGAAUACAAACAGUGCAGAUUAGAGUCUAGUUAGAAAUCAACACCGUUAGUAGGACAGAUGAUCGAAACUAUACAACCAUAACGAGAUGAAUAUAUAUAUAUAUAUAUAUAUAUUUGAACAAAAAUAAUUAUCUACAACUACUAAAGCGUAGGAGUUGAAACUCUAAGAUUUACAGUCUAAUUGCCACUUAGAAACGGAGUGGUUGAUGAAGGAGAUGAAUAUAUUUAUUCAUGUUAUUUUUUCAAUUUUCCGUGGUGGAUUAUGCUCUUUGAGGUGGUGAACAUCGUUAUCAAUCUUGUGAACAAGAUAAUAUUUGUACCUUCCAUAGUUGGCUGUGAUAGAUCACUGUUCCUCAAUAAAUGUAAUGACCCCCA